UUCACUUUUCUUGCCUCAUAAUUCCUCUCUCUCUCUCUCUCUCUAGUCUACUCUUCUCUUCUGCACAUCUUCUCUCUCUCUCUCUCCAUCUCCGCAGACAUCAAUUCUCCUUUUUGACUAAAAUUCCGCGACUUGGGCUUUGAUCCAUUCCCAGUGAAUCUCACUGCUUUAUCAGAAAAUCACUCCCUUUCCUCCCUAAUUCGCCUUGGGUUUUUUUUUUUAAUUUGUUGUGGGGUUUUUCUUCCAAAAACUAUGGUGGUCUGAUCAAAUUGAUAAAUCAUCUGUGUGUUUUUUAUUCUUUCUUUGUCUGUGCUGGUGAGAUGGGUUUGGACGAGAGUGAUGCUGUGAAAGCUAAAGGGAAUUGUCAAUCGGAGAAAUCUAACGAGAGUGAGAACAAAAAGAAGAAGAAGAAGAAUAGAAGCAAUGGUGAUAACAGGAAAGUCGAAGAAUUAGAAGAAGAAGGAGAAGAAAGAGAAGCAAGUGGGUGUUGGGUCAAAUUUAGGUUUAUGAUUGGUUGCAUACCUUCGAAAUCAGAUGUUGAUGCUUCUUCUUCUCUCUAUGGCACUACCAGCACCGCUACAACAAUGGAAAGUAAAUCGGCAAAUGAGAAAUCAAUUGAUCAACCAGUUGGUCCAGUUUCCUCCACGACAACAACUAGCAAUGCAGAAAGCUCUUCAUCAACUCCGAUGAUCAGCGAAGAACUUAAGCUUUAUUCUAACCUGAGGAAGUUCACUUUCAAUGAUCUUAAGCUAGCUACUCGAAAUUUCAGACCGGAGAGUCUUCUUGGAGAAGGAGGUUUCGGUUGUGUCUUUAAAGGAUGGAUCGAAGAAAACGGGACUGCUCCUGUUAAACCCGGUACUGGGCUUACUGUAGCUGUCAAAACCUUAAAUCCUGAUGGUCUUCAAGGGUCUUUGCCUCUUCCUUGGUCUAUCCGGAUGAAGAUUGCAUUAGGUGCUGCGAAAGGUCUAAGUUUCCUCCAUGAGGAAGCUUUGAAGCCUGUUAUAUAUCGAGAUUUUAAAACAUCAAACAUUUUACUUGACGCAGACUACAAUGCAAAGCUAUCGGAUUUCGGACUUGCCAAAGAUGCUCCUGAUGAAGGCAAAACACAUGUUUCAACUCGAGUUAUGGGUACAUAUGGCUAUGCUGCUCCCGAACCACAUCUGCUUGACAAAAGAAGGUUUUACCGGUUACUUGAUCCGAGGCUCGAGGGCCAUUUCUCAGUCAAAGGAGCCCAGAAGGUGACUCAGCUUGCUGCACAGUGUCUUAGCCGUGACCCCAAGAUUAGGCCAAAGAUGAGUGAUGUUGUCGAAGCACUCAAACCACUUCCGCAUCUCAAAGACAUGGCGAGCUCUUCUUACUACUUUCAGACAAUGCAAGCGGAACGCUUGAAAAAUGGGUCGGGUCGAACUCAGGGAGGAAACGGAUUCGGAUCAAGAAACGGGCAUCCGCAACCUGUGCUUCGGACGCUGUCUAGUCCACAUGGUCAACAUGGUUCUUCGCCUUAUCGACAUCAGAUUCCUUCUCCAAAGCCUAAAGGAGCAACUACAUAG